CUCUUUAUCAAUUAAUUACUCAGGGUUCAACAGGGUUCAAGUUGUCCUGCAUAUACACAGGUGCCUCAGGUGCCUAGGUGCCAGUUAGGCAUUGUUGAGUUUCUUUUCAACUUGCACUUCCAAGCCGUAGGGUUCUGAUUUCAGGCUCUGGGAAUCGUUAGGUAGUUUAUUCAUUCCAUGUAACAUUGGGCGCCGCGACCCCAUGCGGGUGAGGGAGGAUAUUCAAGCUUACAGAGCACUUUCUUAGGUAAGAUAGGCUUUGACCAGGCCUGGGGAGCCUAGCCUGCAGAGAGCCUCCUACUAGUAUCGCAUCCUUAUCGCCUACCAGAGUAGUGCUGUACUAAUAACGUCCAACCCGAAUCCGAACCAUCCGUGUCCGCCAGGCACCUCGGCUCUACUUUCGCUUCCACAGCUCUCGACUAAUCAUGUGCAAAACGAUAAACGAACCACUGGGCAGAGGGAUAUGAAAUCAUGCCAGCGCGUUCCUCAAGCUUCCCCCUCUAAAUCACGGUCGUCGAUCCUCAGUUUGUGGUUGAGGUCUGAGAGAGUACAAUUGUUGAGUUGAAUUUAUCUUGAUUACCAGUAGCGAAUUAAAGAAGAGCAGCAGGAUGCCGCCCAUUCCGCCGCUAUUUGUGCUCCCCGUUCCGCCAUCAGCGGCCACCUCGUCCACUCAGAAUCAACAAGGAGAGUUCGUCUGCUCACAAGCAGGACCACAAGUAUAUCUACUCUCCUUCUCGUAUCCUCCCGACAACCGCCUGACACCUGCAUUCAACCAAACGUUUCUUCUUGCGCUCGAUAUCAUCGAGCAGCGACUACCUCGUGGCGUGGUCAUCACCACAUCAUCCAUCAGCAAGUUCUACUCGAAUGGACUGGACUUUGAGAAUGCUAUCCGGGAUCCCACAUUCUUCCCCAACAGUCUGUUCCCGUUGUGGAGGCGCUUGAUCACCUACCCCAUGCCGACCGUUGCCCUGAUAAACGGGCACGCAUUCGCGGGCGGCUUGAUGACGGCCAUGAUGCACGACUACCGCAUCAUGAAUCCGCACAAGGGUUACGUGUGUCUGAAUGAGCUUGACUUCGGAGCAGCCCUACAACCCGCCAUGGCCGCCGUGUUCCGAGUGAAGCUGAAUAUGACGACGUUCAGAAACAUGGUCUUGGAGAGCAGGCGAUUCCCGGCACUGGAGGCGCUCAAGGAAGGAAUCAUCGAUGGCGUGGGCAGCGUUGAUGAGGCGUUGGCCUUCAUUUCGGAAAUGAAGUUGACCCAGAAGGCUCAAAGCAAGUCCUACGGGAGGAUCAAGGAGGAGAUGUACCGAGAAGUGGUCAAGGACCUGGACGAGGCAGCCGAGGCACCCAAAAUAUUGACCGCUCGCGAUUUAGACCGGAACCGGAGAGAGCUGGAAGCGAAGAAGAGAGUCGAUGACUAUCAAGCUGUUCUGCGGAGGGCCAAAUUGUGAUGUUACAGACAGCCACAAAGAAAGCCAGGUCAGGAGCCAAAAACGUACGUUUAAACAGGAUGUUGUGUCAGUGUGGUGUCUUUGCUUGCCUGCUUCAGUGUUAGCUAUGUGGGGUUCUAUAUCUUGCUCGAGUCCACUGCACAAUCCGGCGAGCCAUGUUGCUGGCUACUUGCAUCGCUCGACCCCAGUAUACGGAGUUCGGCCAAGGAUGGCAUCUCGGAUUCAAUCCCUUUAUAACCAG